CCCGCUCUAUGCCUUCAUCGGCUUCGGUUCUUUUGUCCGAUCCCCGUCUUAGGGUUACUUCAAUUCGGAGCCCUCAAAUUCCCUUCGACGAAGCGAGUUCCGGUGAUCGAACGUCGCGAUCUUUUCCUCAAUCCCUAUUCUCAGCAGAUCUUGCAAGGCAAGCAACUUUGAAUUCUAAUCACUGAGAGAACAAAUGGCCAGCCUUGCAGAUUCCUUCUUGGCUGAUCUUGAUGAGUUAUCUGACAAUGAAGCCCAUCCUGAUGAUGAGGAUCUUGAUGCUGCUGCUAUGGAAGAAGAUGUUGACGGUGACAUGCCAGAUAUCGAAACUCUUAAUUAUGAUGACCUUGAUAGUGUUUCAAAAUUGCAGAAGACACAAAGAUACAAUGAUAUUAUGCAGAAAGUGGAUGAUGCAUUAGAGAAAGGAACAGAUAUUUCAAGUCAUGGAAUAGUUCUGGAGGAUGAUCCUGAGUAUCAGCUCAUUGUUGACUGUAAUGCUUUAUCAGUGGAUAUUGAAAAUGAGAUCAUCAUAAUUCACAAUUUUAUACGUGAUAAAUACCGUCUGAAAUUCCCUGAACUUGAGUCCCUUGUUCAUCACCCAAUUGAUUAUGCACGGGUUGUUAAGAAAAUUGGAAAUGAGGUGGACUUAACCCUUGUUGAUUUGGACGGUCUUCUACCUUCAGCUAUUAUUAUGGUUGUUUCUGUAACAGCAUCAACUACAAGUGGAAAGCCUCUUUCAGAAGAGAGUCUGCAGAAAACAAUUGAUGCAUGCGAUAGAGCCCUUGCACUUGACCUUGCAAAAAAGAAAGUUCUUGAUUUUGUGGAGAGUAGAAUGGGUUACAUUGCGCCAAACCUUUCUGCAAUUGCUGGAACUGCAGUUGCAGCUAAACUUAUGGGAACUGCUGGAGGUUUGUCCGCAUUAGCAAAAAUGCCAGCUUGUAAUGUCCAGCUUCUUGGGUCAAAGAAAAAGACUCUUGCUGGGUUUUCUACUGCAACCUCUCAGUUUCGUGUAGGUUAUCUUGAACAAACUGAGAUUUUUCAGAGCACCCCACCUUCUCUUAGAACUCGUGCUUGCCGACUAUUGGCUGCAAAAUCAACUCUAGCAGCAAGGGUGGACUCAAUUAGAGGGGAUCCUACAGGAAAAACUGGAAGGGACUUGCGAGAAGAAAUCCGUAAAAAGAUUGAGAAGUGGCAAGAGCCACCCCCUGCAAAGCAGCCGAAACCUCUUCCAGUUCCAGAUUCAGAGCCCAAAAAGAAGAGAGGUGGUCGUCGACUGCGGAAAAUGAAAGAAAGAUAUGCAGUGACUGAUAUGAGGAAGCUGGCCAACAGGAUGCAAUUUGGAAUUCCAGAAGAGAGUUCCUUGGGUGAUGGCUUGGGUGAAGGGUAUGGUAUGCUUGGUCAGGCAGGAAGUGGAAAGUUGCGUGUAUCACUUGCGCAGAGCAAACUUGCUGCUAAAGUUGCCAAAAGGUUCAAGGAGAAACAGUAUGGAAGCAGUGGGGCAACUUCAGGAUUGACAUCAAGUUUAGCAUUUACACCUGUGCAAGGAAUCGAACUUUCAAAUCCACAAGCUCAUGGGAAUCAGCUCGGCAGUGGAAUACAAAGCACCUAUUUCUCUGAGACGGGGACAUUCUCGAAGAUCAAAAGGAUGUAAUUAUAGACCAACCUCAAUACUUGGAAUUAUCACAGUUUUAUCUCACAAGUUGGAUGGAUGGGAUGGAUGAUAUUUUCUGCUAGUUUAACAGGUUGCCCAAGUGUUAUCAUGCAAGACAUGCAAAUCUCACUUUAUGUAUCUGCAAGUUAUAGCUCAUUAAUCUGUCAUCCGAAUGAACUUUUUACCUACCGAUUUGAGCUUUGAGUUGAUUGCAAUGAUCCGUAUAAAGCUUGUGCAUUUAUCCUUCUUCUUC